CUACAUCAACAACCGCUCUUGCACCAUCUACGCCAGCUACUACUACUGCUGUUUUACCAGUUGUGGUUAUGGAUGACGUCACUGCCGUUUUAAAGGAGCCAGCACGGCUGGAAUGCAUCGUGAUGGAUGUUGGUGACUGGAACAAUAUCACUAUCGUUCUUAUUGGAAGUGAUGAUGUUGUCUACAAGAGAGGCGAGGGUGACUACACAGAAAACGGAAAUAAUGUCACAGUCUCCAUUGAUAUAUCCUUUACACAAUGCGACAAUGCGGGUAUCUACACGUGUGCAGUUGAUAACGCAGUUACAGACACAGCAGAAGUACAUGUCACAGGAAAACCAGAAAAUGUUACACUGAGUUUGUCCACACUGCUUUACGAGGGACAACCAACGUCUGCUGUUUGUGAAGCGAUCGGAACAGACGACAUAAACAUCGAACUUCAUGUAAAGGAGCCAUUAUCAUCAACGUUCAAAAUCUUCGCCGCAGAUAUGACAUCACAACAAGAACAUAACGACUGCGUGAUUUUAUCUUCUGCUUCAUUCGACUUUGUUCCUAGUUUUGUGGACAACGGGACAGAAUUAAAGUGUGUAGCAGAGAACACAAAACUGGGUGUGACGAGCGAGUCCAAGAUAGAACUGAUCACUGUUAUCAGGGGAGAUGUAUCAUUCGACAGCUAUCACGAUACACUAGAUGACGGCGACGUGUCACCUUCUUUCCGAUGUACAGCCUCAAACACUUCACCUUCAUCGAGAAUGACAAUUUAUAGACGUGAUGUCCUUGGUAAUGAUACUACACUCGUCAUUUAUGAUGGUGCCAACGUUCAGUAUGAUAACACACGAAUACAAAAUGGAGAAAUAUCUUCCGACGGAAAUGAUCUGGUACUAACAUUUGAAAUCAGCAAUGUGGCAUGUGAGGACAUCGGUAUAUACAGCUGUGUAGUCAAUAACAGCAUUUCCAUUUUGACGUCACCAGACAAAGUUACUACCGUAAAACGUCCCCCAGGAGUCCCCAAACUGGAGCUGGAUCCACACCAGACAACCAUACCUAAUGAUCCACAGGCCCCGUCACACAGACAUAAAUGCAGUGUGGAUGUUGGGUACCCGGAAGGUAAGAUGGUGAUUGAAAUACUAAGGGCAGGCGCUGUCACGUUUGAGGAGCUUACAUCAACCGAUCUGAAGAGUGUGUCAGUCGAUCCUCCCACAUGGGAAUGCAGCGACACCUUAAGAACUAUGUCAUUCGGAAUCAGUUUCCAGGAUGACAUGGAAGGAGCGUUGGUCCGAUGUGUUGCUGUGAAUGGUGACGGGGACUUCAGGACAUAUUCACACAACGCCACUAUAGAACUUGUACCAGACAAUAUAUGCGAAGAUUUAGGAGGCGACAAAGUAACUGCCCAUCCUAAUAACUGUCACAAACACGUGGAGUGUUAUAGUGGAGUGUUAGUAGUUAAUCAGUGUGGAGACCUAUGUUUCGUGUCCAAACAGACGUAUGCUGCCUGUGACGACUGUGACAAUGUACCCUGUCCUCCUCGUGAGUAA